GGGAGCCCUGCCUCUUGCAGCAGCCUAACCCAGAAGCAGGGGGGAAUCCUGAAUCGAGCUGAGAGGGCUUCCCCGGUUCUCCUGGGAACCCCAUCGCCCCCUGCCAGCCGCAGCCUGAGCAGCCUCACGGGACAUGGCCCCCCCAGCCGCCUAGCGGGAUCCUGCCUGGGGCGCCCUGAAGGCCAGCAGUGGACCAUCCCAGAAGUCCCAGCUCACGGAACCGCUUGAGCCAAGAACCCGGUGUUGGUGCCCGUCUGCCCACCCCGCUGCCCCCCAGGGGUGCCCAGGAGUCUAGGGACAUCAGAGGAUUGACAUUUGCCAGCCUGGGACCUCAGCACCAGGACUGAAGGGGGGGUGGGCCGCCCACCCAAACCCCCAGCGGGCCCAGGCCCCAUGCCCCGCGGAGGGGCAGCCUGAAGCCCCCUGGAGCGUCCUGCGCACGACUCGCCCUCCUGACGGCGGCUGCUGGGCAUGGCCAGCAACAGCAGCUCCUGCCCGACUCCGGGGGGAGGGCACCUCAAUGGGUACCCGGUACCCCCCUACGCCUUCUUCUUCCCCCCGAUGCUGGGUGGACUGUCCCCGCCCGGCGCCCUGGGCACUCUCCAGCACCAGCUUCCGGUCAGCGGCUACAGCACGCCUUCCCCCGCCACCAUCGAGACCCAGAGCAGCAGCUCCGAGGAGAUUGUGCCCAGCCCCCCCUCGCCACCGCCCCUCCCCCGCAUCUACAAGCCUUGCUUUGUCUGUCAGGACAAGUCCUCCGGCUACCACUAUGGGGUCAGCGCCUGCGAGGGCUGCAAGGGCUUCUUCCGCCGCAGCAUCCAGAAGAAUAUGGUAUACACGUGCCACCGGGACAAGAACUGCGUCAUCAACAAGGUGACCCGCAACCGCUGUCAGUACUGCCGGCUGCAGAAGUGCUUCGAAGUGGGCAUGUCCAAGGAGUCUGUGAGGAAUGACCGGAACAAAAAGAAGAAGGAGGCCCCGAAGCCCGAGUGCUCCGAGAGCGCCACGCUGACGCCGGAGGUGGGGGAGCUCAUCGAGAAGGUGCGCAAAGCACACCAGGAGACCUUCCCUGCCCUCUGCCAGCUGGGCAAAUACACUACGAACAACAGCUCCGAGCAGCGCGUCUCUCUGGACAUCGACCUCUGGGACAAGUUCAGUGAACUCUCCACCAAGUGCAUCAUCAAGACCGUGGAGUUUGCCAAGCAGCUGCCGGGCUUCACCACCCUCACCAUCGCUGACCAGAUCACCCUCCUCAAGGCGGCCUGUCUGGACAUCCUGAUCCUGCGGAUCUGCACGCGGUACACACCCGAACAGGACACCAUGACCUUCUCCGAUGGGCUGACCCUCAACCGGACCCAGAUGCACAACGCCGGCUUCGGGCCCCUCACAGACCUGGUCUUCGCCUUUGCCAACCAGCUACUGCCCCUGGAGAUGGACGAUGCAGAGACUGGGUUGCUCAGCGCCAUCUGCCUCAUCUGUGGAGACCGGCAGGACCUGGAGCAGCCCGACCGCGUGGACAUGCUGCAGGAGCCGCUGCUGGAGGCGCUCAAGGUCUACGUGCGGAAACGGAGGCCCAGCCGCCCCCACAUGUUCCCCAAGAUGCUGAUGAAGAUCACAGACCUGCGGAGCAUCAGUGCUAAGGGCGCCGAGCGGGUGAUCACGCUGAAGAUGGAGAUCCCAGGCUCCAUGCCGCCCCUCAUCCAGGAGAUGCUGGAGAACUCCGAGGGGCUGGACACUCUGAGUGGACAGCAGGGGGGUGGGACGCGGGACGGGGGCGGCCUGGCACCGCCGCCCGGCAGCUGUAGCCCCAGCCUCAGCCCCAGUUCCAACAGAAGCAGCCCGGCCACUCACUCUCCGUGACCACCGCGUGCUGUGGACGCCGCCCGUGCCCCGGCUUCUCUCUGCCUUUCAACCAACCUCGUGGCUCCCGGCCCUCCUGGCGGGUGUCUGCCUCCGUCCUGGGGGGGCUGCAUGGA